GAAAUUUUUGAGCGCUACAAGUAGAGAGAAGCAAAAAGAGGAUUACAGAGAGAUGGGGCUUAGAAUUGAAGGAGAAAUUGAAAGAGUUAAUGGAAAGGAAUUGAGCUACGAAUCUUUUGUAGAGAAAUACUUGAAGAAGAACCAGCCUGUAGUUCUCACUGGUCUAAUGGACGAUUGGAGAGCUUGCAGAGAUUGGGUCAAAGAUGAUGGACAACCAAACCUCCAAUUCUUCUCGACCCAUUUCGGCAAAUCUAGGGUUCAGGUAGCAGACUGUUGUACAAGAGAAUUCACAGAUCAGAAGAGACUUGAGAUGUCUGUCUCAGAGUUUGUAGAUCACUGGCUUGAAUUUUCUGCAGGAAACUGUGGCGAUGAUGUGAAGUGCAAUAAGAGAAGCCAAUCAUUAUGGUACUUGAAGGACUGGCACUUUGUCAAGGAGUACCCCAAGUAUGUGGCUUACACAACACCAUCAUUUUUUCUCGAUGAUUGGCUCAAUCUAUAUCUUGACACCCACUCUAUGCAUCAACACAAGGAUACUCAUCAUGAUAAGAAUGAUAUAAACUGUGCUGACUACCGGUUUGUUUACAUGGGAGCUAAAGGUACAUGGACUCCUCUUCAUGCUGAUGUUUUCAGGUCAUACAGCUGGUCUGCAAAUGUUUGUGGGAAAAAGCUGUGGCUUCUUCUACCCCCAUUACAGUGUCAUCUUAUCUUUGACAGGAAUUUGAAAACCUCAAUAUAUGAUGUUCAUGGUGAUAUUUCUGAAAUAAAGUUUCCAGGAUUCAGUCAGGCUAUUUGGUGGGAAUGUACUCAAGAACAGAAUGAAAUAAUUUUUGUGCCAAGUGGAUGGUAUCAUCAAGUCCAUAAUUUGGAGGACACGAUUUCCAUAAAUCACAAUUGGUUCAAUGCUUAUAACCUUUCCUGGGUGUGGAACUUACUAUUGAAGGACUACAAAGAGGCGAAGGAGUAUAUAGAAGAUAUCCGAGAGAUUUGUGAUGAUUUUGAGAGCCUUUGCCAGAGGAAUCUUGCAGCCAACACAGGCAUGAACUACUAUGAUCUCUUUAUCUUCAUCAGAAGAUUUGCUUUGGCCAAUCUGACACUUCUCCAUGAUCUUAGAAAGGAUGAGAACACCUUCCUUUGUCUGAGCAAGGCUCACAUUCUUAUUAGUAACCUUGUAUCAAUUCGUGAGGUUGCAUUACGAAUGGUGUCAGCUGAGGCCUUUGCAGAAGAGAAUCUAAAUAGAUAUUCUGAAGGAAACCUCACCGCAUUGUCUGAUAUCAAAAAAAUUACAGAUGAACCAUGCUUCAUUGAACUAUGCACGGCAAUCUCUAGAACGCUUGAAACUAUUGGAGGAGUACAAGCACAAUAUCAUAAAGAAAGGAACCAGCCAAUCUUCUCAAGUGAAGGGAAAUUUGAAGUUUUUAAUGAUUGUGGUUGUAUACCAUGUACUCCAGAAGAUCUAGUCAAAAUGAUCGACCUAUUUAUUUCAGAUCUUAGCAUCCAUGGCAAAGAUUUUAAGUUUGGCUUGCAAUCUAAUAUCUGUGGCAGUGAAACCUUCAGCAUUGAGAGAGUGGUGUUAUGAGAAUUAUCAAAAUAUGUUGUCGGAUCAUGAUAUAAUCUAAAAUGACUGUCAAAGGAUUAAUCAAAAGACUCAAGUUUCACAUUUAUAGAUUCAUUUUAUGGCUGUUAUUAAAGGAUAAA